AAAUAAAUAGUCAAUAAUUUUCUAAAAAAGCUUAUUUAAAAAUAGAUAAACACAAAUAUGAUUGGAUAAUAUAAGAAAUAGUUUAAAAACGAUUAAUAAGAAAAUAGCGAAGUUCAUAGCAUACCAUAAAAUUUUGAUCAUGAACCAAACUAAAAUUUUACAGAUUCAAUAAAAUAAAAUAUUUAAGAUUUCUCAUCAAGUGCAUUAAAUUAGCUUAGACAUAGGGAAGAGGGAGAUGUAGAUUAAAUUAUGCUCACUGAAAAGAGUAAUACAAUAAAAUAUGAUAAGGAUAGAAUAUAAGUAAAACUAUUAGAUAUAAUUAAAAAACUAAAGUUGAGGAGAUUUGCUUAAAAGUGGAUAAACUCUACCAGGUCAAGGAUGCUGAAAAAUAUGUCAAGCAAACAAUAUAAAUAUUUAAAUGAUAAAUCUUAAGACUUCACAGAUUUGAAAAAUGGAAAAAAUUAGAAUCAGUUUAGAAUAUUUUCAUAAUAUAAACUACCUAAAAUAUUUUUCAAACUUAUUAUAAAAACUUUUAAUUAGAUACCCAUUAUUAACCCUGCGAGCUUUAGCAAAAGAUUAUGGGACACCUUGAUGGCAAUAGUUCUACUUUACUCCUUCUUUUAUAUUCCUAUUAUAGUAAGUUUUGGUUUAGAUGAAAAUAUGAUUUUUUAGAGUUACUCAAUUGAAAUAAUAUUGUUUUUUAAUAUACUUGACGCUAUCAUUCACAUAAGCACUGGUUUUUAUGAGCAUGGAAUACUUUGCAAUAACAAAAAAUAAAUUAUAAAGAAAUAUUUUAACUUUUAAUUUUCUGUUGAUUUACUUUCAAUUCUACCUUUAAUUUUAUAUAAGAUUAUCUCACUAAAUUUAUAACUGGAAAGCAAAUACUAUCAUUUCAUCACACUUUUUAUUUUUAUAAGAUGGAAAAGUUAGAUUAAGAUUUAUAAGAAUUUAUAGCAAAAUUAUAUUUUGUAACCAAAAGUUAGAGAUUUUCUAAGCUUACUUGAUCUUUUCUUAAAAGUACUUUUCAUUGCUCACAUUUGUGCCUGCUUUUGGAUUUUUACUGGAAGAACUUCAUAAUUUAUAUAUUAAAACAGCUGGAUAGCAAAAACUCAACUUCUUAACGAGCCAUGGUACAUAUAAUAUUUAGAUUCGUUUUAUUUCUGCACUGUAACAAUGUCCACCGUUGGGUAUGGAGAUAUUGUACCUGUUACUCCUUUAGAAAUAAUUGUUUGCAUAUUGAUGAUGUUGUUUGCAAGCGGUGUUUUUGGCUUUUCAAUAACUACAAUCAAUAAAAUACUUGAAUCGUUUUUUAAAAAUGAAAAUAAAAUUUUGUAAAAAAUGUUCACUAUCAAAAACUAUCUCCAGAAAAAGUCCAUAAGUCAAAUUUUGCAGAGAGAUAUUACUGAAUAUCUAGAGUAUGUUUGGAGAGAGGAAUAGCAUAAUUAUCAAGAAUAAUAAAAUAAUAUGAUAAAAUUACUUCCUAAAUAUUUGAAAAACUAACUUUAUGAAGAAUGCAAUAAACUUAUAUUGAAAGAAAGUCCUAUUUUACAAAAUAAUUUUAGUGAUAGUUUACUAAAAGAUAUUCUUCCAAUUAUUUAAGAAAAAACUUUUACUCCAAAUCAGCUUAUUUUUCAAUAAAACGAAGAAAAUUUAGGAGCAUGUCUCUAUUUUAUAUAGUAAGGAUCGAUAGAAACAUAUUUAUAGCUUUAAGAGAAAGAAAUUUAAGAUGAAAGCAUAAGCAAAAAUACUUAAAAGCCAAUCAAAGUGUUCAAAAAAGGAGAUUAUUUUGGAGAGAUUGAGUUUUUUACUGGUAAAUUAGCAGAAACAAAUGUAAAAAGUACGGAUUUUACAACAUUGUUAAUUUUAAAUAGAAAUGAUUUUAUUAAAAUAUUAAAGAAAUUUCCAUAAGAUUUAGAACAAUUUUGCUAUAUUAAAGAUAAAAUAAUAUUUAGUAAUGAUUACUCUAAAGUUUUUCAUUCAUGUUAUAGUUGUAAUAGCUAGAAACAUACAAUAAAGUAAUGUCCUUAUAUCCAUUUUUCAUAAGAUACUCAUAAAGCUUUAGCUUUAUAAAAUAAAAUUGACAAUAACUAAGUCAUAAGUGAAACAUAACAAAAAAUAGCUAGGAGUGAAUAUAAACUCAAAUUUAUUCUUUUAGAUUUAUAAAGAAUACAUUAAUAAUUUCAAGAUGAAAACGAAGAAUCGAUAGAUUAUUAUGAGCAAAAUUAUUUAUAAUAUUCAAUAAGUUAAUGUGAAUAAUGCUCAUAUAUAAGAUCAGAUUCAGAAAAAAAAAUGUAAUUUUAACAAACUUUUUAUAAAAGCUUGGAUCAUUUUCACGAAAUUCAUAAUAAUUAGAAUGAUUAAAAUAAUUAAAUAUAAUUUUAAUAAAAACGAUAAAGUAAUUUGAUAAAUUAAGGCGAUUAAUAUAAUCUACAGAGUCUUAAAUCAAUUUAUAAAAAAUAAAUAGCUGAGCCAGAAAAUAUCAGUAGGUUAUAAAAUAGUGUGUAAAAACAAAAAAUAGUAAAACGACAUGAAAAUGAAAUUAGUAACUAAUAAUUAAGUAGCUAGUUAUAACCAAGUUCAUUUCAAUCAGUAAGUUUGUAAAGCAUAAUGAAUUAUCCAUAAUCCAAUAUUACAGAUAUUGAACUUUAGGCUGAUUUAUAAUAAGAUCAUUUGAAUAAUAUGCUCAGCUCAAAUAAUUAGUAUUAUGCUGAGUAGUAAAAUUUUACAAAUAUGUUAAGAAUUUCAAUAGAAGGGAUAAAAUAAAAUAUCUAUUAAGAAUUAGAAAAAUAGCAUUGUUUGCAAAAAUAUUUUGACAUAUUUUCUGGCAAUUUUGAGAAAUUAAAGUGUUUUAGUUUCUAUUUUCCUUUAAGCAAUUAUGAUUUAGUAAUCAAAUAAAUUUAUUUGAGCUCUGAGUAAAAGAAAAUUAUGCAAAAAAAAAUGUUAGAAAAAUAAAUAUAGAAAUUUUCUAAAAUGCUUAACAGAAGAAGAAAAACAACUAAUUUAAAUAGUAAUAAUUCUGAGGUUAAAACACGCAGGGAUAGCAUAAAAAUUUAAGAGACAUCUAAGAAUCACAAAAGCCAUUUAAUCUAAUAUAAUAAUUCCACGAUUUAAAAUAUGUGCUCUAUUUAAUAAUCUAUGCAUACAAAUCCAAUUAUAAACAAACAACUAAUUUCUCUAAGCUAAUUUGAAUCGAAAAGUCCAAAUUAAUCAUAUGAUAAAUUUGAAGACAAUGAUACAUUAAAAAUGUAAAAUUAAAAAAUAAAAUAGGAAUCUUUAAACUUUUUUAGCAAUAAUUUUGAAAAUAAAUAAGAGUAAAAUCAAUAAAUUAAACUAUUGCAUAAUAAAUAAUUAAAUUUAAGUAAGAUGUAUAAUUCAAAUAUUGAAUUAUCUAAAUUUAAUGAUACUAAUGCUUAAGAAAUAUUGAAUGAAACUCUAUUGUUAAACAUUUAGGCUAAUAAAAACUCAUUAAAUUAGCGAAGAGAAGAAGAAUUUAUAUCCAGUUCUCCUAUGAUUGAGAAUAAAAUCUUGAAAUUAAACAGUUCUUAUAUACCUACUAUUUGUGUUUCUAAGUAUAAUAAUUAGUAAGAAAACAGCUACAAUUGA